GAUAUAAUGUAUUUCAUGCCUAGACAUGAUGUUUGAGCGACUGGUGUUACUGUUUCUUCUUUUCAUCUGCUGUUUAUAUUCUUUUAAUUGUCUCAUUGUUAUACCAGAGCGAGUUCUGGUGAGGGAUGUGAAUGAGAAUUAUUUGAAAUAUGUGACAGCCACCGUCCGGAGGAUCAGCAAGAGAGGCGAGUACGUGGUCAACGUCGAUGUUUAUACCAAAAUCGUCCUUGCGAAUAAUGUUUCGAUGCAAAUAAACCUGUACGAAUACAACAGUAAAUACAACCAAUACGUCCUUACUCCGAUGAUGUUCAACUACAAAUGGUGUGAACUUGUGUUGCACGAUCAAUGGUUUGGUUCUUUGCUACGAAGGAAUGGGCUCACUGUUUGUCCUACUCCAGUGGGUCGUAUCGUAUUACCGAAUAUGACACUGAGUGGUAGCUUUCCAUUCAAAGUGCCCUUUAAAAGGGGCAAGUUUGAUACGAUAUGGAAACUGGAGGCGACCAAUGAAGUGAUAGGCUGCAUUGACACAUUUGUGACCCUUUUAAAAUAAUGGUCUAUAUUAUGCACAUGAAGAAAAGCACAGAAAAUUGAGAAGAAUUUCUUGUUGAUAUGCAUUAAAUAAAGAUUUAAACAAAAAGUAAUUUUAUUU